AGGUCUCGGAACUGCUUUUUGAGGUUCCCAGAGAUUAUUCCAACCCAGAUAGAGGUACUUUGCAGCUGUUCGGCCGUUCAGUAUCGAAGUAUGAGAAGCCAGCAGCUCCACUGUCCGAAGAGGAGGCUCGUAAAAAGUCCUACAAGCCGUGGAUGGUCUAUCUCCAAGGUGGACCAGGCUUCGGCUGCCCACCUCCGCAAGAAGCUCCAAUGACCCAGGUGAUCCUUGAUAAGGGGUACCAGAUGUUAUAUCUCGACCAGCGUGGAACUGGCCUUAGCACCCCUAUAUCGGCAGCUACCCUGGGCCUCCAAGGAGAUGUUCACAGACAAGUGGACUAUCUGAAACUGUUCCGGGCAGAUAGCAUCGUUAAGGAUUGCGAAGCGGUCAGAAAGACACUCACUGAGGACUACCCAAGUGAGCUCAAGAAAUGGUCAAUAUUUGGACAAUCCUAUGGCGGCUUCGUAGCAUUAAGCUACUUGAGUUUUGCCCCUCACGGCCUCCGUGAGGUUUUUACAACUGGGGGACUUCCUCCUAUCGGCCAAACUCCAGAACAAGUCUACAGAGCCACUUUCCGAAAGUGCGCAGAAAGAAACAAAGCCUACUACAAGAAAUACCCCGAGGAUAUUGACGCAGUCCAUGGCUUAGCCUUCCACAUCAAGAGCAAAGGAGGUCUUCAAUUGCCGUCUGGCGGUGUCUUGACAGUAAGAGGCUUCUUGACACUGGGAAGGAACUUCGGUAUGCACGGCGGUUUGGAUUCGGUCCAUGAUCUAGUCUUUCGAAUGAAGAGAGAUAUUCAUCAAUUUCAGUUCAUCACUCGUCCGACUCUCUCGGCGCUUGAAAGCGCUCUCAGCUUUGAUGACAAUGUCAUAUACGCCGUCCUUCACGAAUCGAUCUACUGUGAGAACGGGGCGAGUAAAUGGGCGGCUGAUCGAGUGGGUCGAAGCUUGCGGGAAUUCGCUUGGCUUUCCGGAGCACCGCAAUCCGCUUCUAGUGUGAGCGAGGCCCCAUUAUUCUUCUCUGGUGAAAUGAUAUUUCCCUUCUUAUUCGACAUCUUUCCUGAGCUCGAGAAGCUUGCCGUAGUUGCCGAUGAUAUAGCCAAAUAUUCAGGGUGGCCUGAACUCUACGACCUCUUUCAACUGGCUAGAAACGAGGUACCCCUCUACGCUGCCACAUUCAUUGACGAUAUGUACGUCGAUUUUGCUAUCGCACAGCAGACGGCCAGAUUGGUCAAAAACUGUCGCCAGUACAUCACCAAUGGAAUGUAUCACAAUGCCCUCAGAGGUAAGACGGAAGAUGUCUUGAAGGAGCUAUUUACUCUCCGGGACGAUCCGAUCGAUUAAGGUUUCCUAUCUACAAGCUUGCCCACUACCCAUGAUGGCUUCGGCCGUCUUCAACUGCUGGGGAAGAUCUUCGUUCCAAAUCCAGUCAUAACGCAUUUCCAACGUCUUUUUAAUCAUAACCAAAUUGGAUUUAAGUUUCUCGUCUUCGAAUUCGUAAAUUUUGGCGGCAUCGCGGCUGGUCGCUACGACCUUCUGGCUCCUGGGUCUCCGGACGGCAUCGUA